AUGUCGUCGCGACGCUACCCAACCGCUGAGCUCUAUGAGGAGCGAGAGCGCGACUUCUACCGCAAUGGAAACCGCAGCGAUCGCAACUACGAGGAGCUUGACCUCGAGCUGCGCCGCGGCACUGGCCCGGACCCCAGGCGCAGUGCCCCCGACUUCUUCCGCGAGGACUACAACCGCCCGACGGCUGGCCCCAUGGUUCUGAGGAGCCGCGAUGAGGACAACUAUUCGCGAGCAGGACCCCGCAGCAGCCGCGGCGGGUUCGACGACGAUGUGCGCUCUACCCGGAGCCGUCCCCCGCCUCCGCCCUCUGCUAUGCGGGGCAUGGAGCGGGACGACAUCAGUAUCCGUCACAGCGAGGCCCCGACGCGCCGCGGACGAGCAGACGACAUUGACGAGACGGACAUUACCAUCAAGCGCCGCGAGCAGUCUCGUGGCCCCCCAGAGCGCGACGACAUCAUCUUCCGCCGUGGCGAUGGCCCCCCUGUGAGAUCUGUCAGCCGACCCGCCCCGCGUCAGGUGGACGACGACGAUGUGCGCUUCAGGGGCCGCGGUGGAAACGACAUCGACUUCCACGCCUCUCGCAGCGAAGUUAGCCGCCACGGCAGGGACGUCUCUGCUGAACGAGGCUCUAUCCGCUUCCAGGAGCGUGACGGUAACUUCGAGCUCCGCGCAAACCGCCGAGAAUUCAGUCGCGAUGGCAGGGACACCAGCAGAGAGAGGAGCUCUUUGACGAUUAGAAACCGCGAGAGGAGUCUCCCUCCCCCAUCGCGCAACCGCGGCGAUCUGAUCGCUAGGGAGCGCGAGGAGUUUGUCAUCCGCCGUCCACGCGCAGAGUCUCCUCCUCAGAACAACCGCGAAGUCAUAAGAGACGAGAUCAUCAUCCGCCGCAAGGAGGAGCGAGCACCCACUCCUUCGCCCUCUCCAUCUCCGCCUCCUCCACCCCCAGCGCCAGCUCCUGAGCCAGAGAUCCGUCCCCCGAUCAUCCAGGAGAUCAUCACACAUCACCGACACAUCGACCAUGGUGUCGUCAGGGCCCGCACGCCAACACCGCCUCCCCCACCGGCGCCCCCGUCUCCUCCCCCUCCACUAAACGAGACCCUCGAGAUCGAGAUCAACCGACGAGAGAGCCACAGCCGUGGACGUGGAAGGAGCAACUUCGAGGAGCUCGAUAUUGAUAUCAACUUCAACCGCGACCAGGUACGUCACCGCGAGCGGUCGUUUAGCCCCCCAGGGCGUGUGCACACAGCCCCCAUGCCCGAUAUGGACUUUGAUUUGGAAGCCGAGUUCUACAACCGCAAAGCACUCGAGCGAGCCUACCCUGGUGAAGCUUGGAACGGAGUUACCAAAGACUGGUCCAUCAUCGACGUGCCACCCGGCACCAGUCGUGUGCGCAUGGAUGGCAUCGGUGGUGCUGCCCAAGAAAUCACCUGGCAGCGCUACAACGGCGUUCGCAGAUCAAAGUUCAUCAGCGGCGACGAUGAACAUACCACUGACAUUUACAACCAGGGAUCGGUGAAGCAAAAGAAGAAGGACAUGUGGACCGAAAUUACAAAGGACUUGGUCCUCCGCGAAGCUAUCGACUCGUGCGGCUACUCAUGCGAGGAGACCGACGACUUUUUCUACGUCAUGGAGUACCUGCGAUACGAGGAUGUUCUGCACCUCGUGGAGAUUUCUGACGAGAUCCGUCGUAAGCGCAAGAGCCGCAUUCGGGAAAUCGAGAUUGAGCGCAAGUCUAUCCACGACUCCCGCCCAGCCUCAGCCUACGACGACCGUUUCUACGAGCACGAAGUAUCGUUCGACAGCCGUCGCAGCCGAUACCGUUAG